AACCAUGGCUUCCGGGCAUAAUGUUAGUAGCUCCUCUCGGGGCGCACACGCCGUCUCAAUCGCAGUCGGCUAACACUAUUUGCAUAGGAACCAAGGCUACUAUAUGCCAUUCAGGGCGUCUCUGCUUACCACCUUCAGAAUGGCAAAGAGGAGUCGCUUACGCCAGCUGGACCCCAGACUUUGUCCCUCCUGAUGGUGCCGACGUCGUCAAAUUAUGCAGACCCGUCAUCUUUCGACAACGAAAAUGCAACCCCACAGGACUUCUAUCUGCACAUGCACCUUCCCCCCGAGUUGGAUAUUCCCUUGCCGGCAACCACGCAAAUUUAUCACCAACCUCCUACAAGCUACCUGAUCCCGCGGUGGGAUUUGGGCCCGGAGAGUGGGGCAUUCACACGCGUCGAGUUCCCGUCUUCUGGAAGCCGGAAGGGAUUACAGGAAGAUAUUGAUACGUUUGAAACCAUCCUUGCCCAGUGUACUUCUUUCUUGGAAAAGGCUGCUCCUCCCACCUCGGCCAAGAAGGCCAAGGCUGCCGCAUCGUCUGCCUCUCGCACUUCUCCUACUUCAUCAAAGGCCAGAGAAGCGGUCCAUGAAGAACUUCCGCCCUACAACCCUGGAGAUUACGCUCCGGGCCAGGGUUAUGCCGACGGAUCUCAAAGUAAGCAACCGGGAGGAAAGAUUGUUCUCGUAGACGAAGAGGAUGGAAGUGUCAUUGGCGAGCUCGGAGAGGGAUACCAAGUGGUCGAGGAUGACGCUUUGAAGCAUGGAUCUAAAGAUCCUGUUGAGAUCACAUUACCCGGAGAAGGCCAGCACACUCUUGGCGUCGCGCCUGCACCUAAGGAGUUCCUGGAAAUGGAACUCCAUCCGGCGUAUAAAAAAUCAUUCCUUGUCAACAAGGCUGUAUACGCUUCUCGACUUAUUGUCGGCACUUCCGACAUGCUGUCUAAGGGCAUGCAAACCGGGGCUGAGCAGUUCAAGACCAAAACCAAGGCAACAGAGAAGGCCGUCACGUUCACACCCACGACUCACGGACAUGCUCGCCGCAUCGGCAAGUUCUCCGGAAAUGUAGCGGAUUUAUCGUCGAAGACGGUUGGCCAGGUCACGAAGGUUGCUCAAAAUGUCGGUGCCAAAGUGGCAGGUAGAAAAGGGAAGGAUGGAUCGUCUAGGGGGUAUAGUGCAAACGGACAACCCCUUGAUACGUUCAAGCCCGGCCUGCUCAACAAGAGUUUGAUGGCUUUCUCUACUAUUGCGGACGGUAUUGAUUACGCUGGCCGCAGUCUAUUAACUUCAGGUGGGUCGGCAGCUACUGAUAUGGUAACACAUAAAUGGGGAGCAGAAGCCGGCGAGCUUUCUAAGCAUCUCGGAGGUAGUGUUAAGAAUGUUGGAUUGGUUUACAUCGACGUUACCGGUGUAUCGAGGAGGGCGAUUAUCAAAGCUGUUGGUAAAGGUAUGGUUGUUGGAAAGGUCAAGGGAGGAGGCGACAUCGUUGUUGGCGAGGAUACGUCCCAGUUGCAGGCUCAAGCCGUAAGGAAUGAUUCUAGAGCGAGUCUCCUUCAAGAUAAUGAGAGCGCGACCGGGCUAUACGAUGGGAGUGGGAAGAAGCCAGUUUAUAGAUGAUAACCAGACUAAGUCUGCCACGAGCUUAGAAGAUUCGACGUUUUGGACACGACCAGUGCUUAAUUACAUAUAUUUACCAGUACAAUGCGAACUAUCCAAUUUUAAGAAAGAAAAAAC